UCCUCACAACCGCUGUUAGGACAACUAGCUGUGUCGCGCGGCGGAUAAAGCUACUCUUCAGAUGUGUUUAUGGAGGCUGAAACAAACAAGUCAAGCUUGGUUACAAAUACUGAAAAAGAAAACGGGCACCCCCCGAGCAAACUCACAAUACGAGCCAGGCAGAAUAGAGAGGAGGCCCAUGGCCUGAGUUUGCAGUUGGGAGAGGAGUAUGAACGAAAGAAGCAGCGGCUGAAAGAGGAGCUUCGUCAUGACUACAGGCGCUACGUGGCUGAUAAGGAGGUUUGUGCUGGUGAAGAAGGCCCUGAGCCCCAGUCACUUUCUCUUUCCAUAAAAGAGAAGACAUCUGAAAAGACCCGAAUAUUGACUGUAGGUAAGGACCCAUUAGGUCCCACUGCUCCAAACCGACCACACGCAUCUCCAGAACACAGAGGCCGCAGUGACAGCCCAAGCCCACAGAGGGCGCUCUCCUCCAGGAGGGAACCUGUGGGCAGGGUGAGUCCGAGACCACCUGGGAGACGCUGGGAGGACACGCACAGGGUCCAGGUCAGGAGGACAAGCUCUGAGGAGGAGGAGGAGGAGGAGGAGGAGGAGAAGCUGCUGGACUCUGAGGAAGAGGAGGAGCUCAAGCUGCUGCACAGGAGGAGGCACAACCUCCGAGAGGAACCUCCCUAUGCUGGAGACAGGCGGAGAGAGAGGAAACCUCGUCACAGGACUGACAGAGCUGCCCAGGAGAGCAGACACACGAAGAUCUCUGCGGUUAAUGACAUCCACAAGGAGGAGAGAAGAGGGACCCUGCUGACAGCACUUAAGCACAAUCCACAGGCUACACCCCCACAAUACGCCAGAGUAACCAGCAGGAAGAAAAUGGCAGACGUUUCCACAGGACUCCUCAUCGGCACUGCCGAGGAGGAGGAGGUCACCCAGAGGAGGAAAGAGCAGUACAGGCAGGAGCUGCUGGAACAAAUUGCCGAACAGCGGAAGAAUAGGAGAAAGGAAAAGGAGCUUGAGUUAAGAGUUGCUGCUACAGGGGCCACAGACCCAGAGAAACGGCCUGACCGGAUCCAGCAGUUUGGUACUGUGAGGCGGGAACAUGAAAGCAGAGUGCGGGACAUUCCUUUCAGGCCUGGCCUGGACAGACAUCCCCGGGAAGAGCCGCCUCAGCAGGGGCCGGUGGAGACAGAACCUCCUGAGAGGUCUCGCCUGGCCUUCCAGUCUCCUAUCCUGGAGUAUAGCGCAGCCCUGGGGAAUCUGGGUGAUGUCUUGGAGGCGGGGCCUAUGGGUGUGGCCAGAACUGGCCUGCAUGGCAGUGGGGUCUUCACUGAAGACUUUCCCAAAAGCCUCUCAGGAACUCUGGGAGAGAUGGUUGCCCCGAGAGUUACAGGUACACUACCUCCAAGGGCGCCGUCACUCUCGGAGGCCUACAGCACACCGUACGAUGAGGCCUACUAUUACUACGGCGCCAGGAACCCCCUAGAGCCUCACCUGACCUACUACGGACCUCCCACGGGUGCAGUCCAGUCAGCGCCUGGUCACCCAGCCCAUCUGUCCAGCUUGCCACCUCCGCCUGGGGUCCCUGUGCAAUCGGCUUCCCACCAAGGUGUUGCCCUGUCUGGGGCAUUUCCAGGAAGGCACCAGCACACCAAGUCAGGCGCUCUAAGCUAUAAGGAAGCACUGAAACAACAGAUACAGGAGAGACAGGAGAGGAGGAGGCAGGAGAGGGAGGAGCUAGCACGCUACGACGCUAAGAUAGCGGCAGAGAUGAAGACUUAUGAGCCCUGGGGAAGAGGAGGGGGUGGGGCUCCACUCAGAGAUGAUGGAGGAAACCUCAUCAGUGAUCUGAACCGCAUGCACAAGACCAACGAGGAGGCGUAUAUGAACCCCGAGACCCGCUACAGAGGAGCAGACAGGACAGACCCCUCAUCACACAGCGUGUCGGGCACUCAGCCUUCUCCCCACACGAGGGGCAACAUCUUCAACGAGCCCCCAACCCCCCAGCACCUCCGGGAGCAGGAGGAGUACAAAGAGAGUCUCAGACAGCAGAUCGAAGAGAAGAGAAAGAUAGAGGCGGACAGGCGGGAGAGGCUGAGAGCGGAGGAGGAGCGGGAGGAGCGCCGACUGGCGGAGCAGAGAGUGCGCAUCCAACAGGAGUACGAACACGAGCAGGAGAAGAAGAGACGAAAAGAGAUGGAGCAAAGUGCGAAAAACCAGGAGAUGGUGCGUCAGGCGGAAGAACGGCGGCGAGAGGCCGAGAGGAAGAAGAAGGAGCAAGAGGAGAGGGAGCGUGAGGCCGUGAGAUUGCAGUCUGAGUGCGAGAGUCAGGCUCUCCAGCAGGACUGGAGGUCAGAAUCGCCACCCAUCCCAACAUUACAGAGGAGAAUGGGCUACCAGCAAGCAGACAGACAGCCCUCUGCAGACAGACAGCCCUCCUCUGCUCGCACUGUUUAUUCCAUCUCUCCACCUGGAUCUCCACCUGUGCCUGCACAGAGGAACCAGAUCAGGGCCACAGAGGAGCGGCAGGGCGUGAUUAGUGAGUUGUCAGCACUGCGCAGACGGUUGAGAAGUGAGCAACGGCGUCUGGAAGGACAGUUACUGCAGCCCAACAGAGAGGACACACCUGGUCCCCUCCCCAGCAGAGAGCAUCCCCCGCAGGACGUUUUUGACAUGGCGCGGUUACGGAUGCAGGUUCCAGCGAGGCGGCCCCCCUCCACCAGAGCAGCUAACAAACAUAACAUUCAGGACUUCAACCAGCUCAAGCACAGAGAUGGCGAGUCUCGAGAAGCAGUGAGGCAGACACACCCUGAGCCGCCCACUGAUGAUGCCAGUCUGGACAUACAGCAACAGGCCCUACUGAGGGAACAGCAGCGCAGACUCGCUAACCUGAGGAGAGCAAGGGCUAACGAUUAUUUUGACCUGUCUUCACCAAUGAAGGUUGCUCAGAUGCCCCAGAGCAACACCAACGACCCUGAGAGAGACGCCCCACUGCAAAGCGCUUUCAUUGAUCCCAGUGGUUAUAAACUGACGAGGCAGUCAGCCAAUCAUAUGGCUGGCCCGGGCUCUGCGCGAGAGAGAAGACGGCUGGCGCGCCAGCCAGACGGCGCUGAUGACGUAGUGAGCUCCAGCAGGGAGGGCAGCCAGCUCACCCCCACCUCAGCCAGCAGUCUGCACCUGGAGAGGCUCCACCAACGUAACCAGAGACGUCUGACAGCGCUAGGCGCCAUGAGCGAGUCAGGCUGGAGGUCAGGGGACAUAUCCGCUGACGAGGGAGACGACCUUUGGCAGCAGACCCCAUCUCCACCCCCUGCCAGGCGCAUUUCCACAGCAACAGUUGCCACAGAGUCCUGGCUACAUCCUGGUACCACGGAGACGCUGAAUUGGUUGAUGGCCGGUUGUGGGCCAACCAGCCACAACCCUGUGCCCACCGCAUGGGAAGGGCCGUCCACCUAUCACGGCUAGACUCAGGGUCUGGUUUAGAUGCAGUAACAGGUGAGCACGUCCUCCAAACGAGGAGGAGCAGAUGGACGUUAGCUAGCGUGAGACCGUCCAUCCCGCUGGCCAGCAGAAUGCGUGAGCAAGAACACUGACCAUCAAGUGCUACGAUUACACAUCUGGUACAGAUUUGAUAUAUAAUAGUAGGACGGAUGUGUUUUUACCAAAUGCUUUUUUCCCUGUGUGAGAUGGUUGAGAAGUGUAAUGGAUGUAUAACGGACCUGCACUUUCGAGUGCUGAUAAAUACCUAAUGCAGUUUGGGAUUUUCUGAAAAUUAAUAAAUUCUAUUUUAUUUUUGACUGUC